CGCAAGGCCUUCUUUACGCAUACUAUAAGAGGGGUCCCCAUCUUCUUGAAGAUACACUUGAUUUGUAUGUUAUAAACGCUGUUCUUAGACAGCUUUAAUAUAUAUAGGCAAGAGACGCUCUGUAUAGUACUUUUGGGUCAUAUGGUUGCCUGCAACCUUUUUCUCUACUUUGUGAGGUUUAGUAGCCUCCUAUUCUUCCACUCUAGCUUUAUAUUCCUCUUGAGACUCUGUUGUUGGGCGACGACGAGGUUUUGGAGGCAUAGGAGGGUAUUCUAUAGUGUCUUCUUUGUUAUUGUAGAACUCUAGCUUUUCUGAUUUCCCCCACCAAUUGAUCCAAGCAGUAAUAUG